AUGACAAGCAGGAAACCACGAAACAACAAGCAGGAAACCACUCACAACAAGCAGGAAACCACUCACGACAAACAGGAAAUCACUCACGACGACAAGCAGGAAACCACUCAUGACGACAAGCAGGAAACCGCUCACGACAAGCAGGAAACCACUCACGACAAGCAUGAAACCACUCACGACAAGCAGGAAACCACUCAUGACGACAAGCAGGAAACCACUCACGACAAGCAGGAAACCACUCACGACAAGCAGGAAACCACUCACGACGACAAGCAGGAAACCACUCACGACGACAAGCAGGAAACCACUCACGACAAGCAGGAAACCACUCGCGACAAGCAGGAAACCACUCGCGACAAGCAGGAAACCACUCGCGACAAGCAGGAAACCACUCGCGACAAGCAGGAAACCACUCAUGACAAGCAGGAAACCACUCACAACAAGCAGGAAACCACUCACAACAAGCAGGAAACCACUCACGACAAACAGGAAACCACUCACGACGACAAGCAGGAAACCACUCAUGACGACAAGCAGGAAACCGCUCACGACAAGCAGGAAACCACUCACGACAAGCAUGAAACCACUCACGACAAGCAGGAAACCACUCAUGACGACAAGCAGGAAACCACUCACGACAAGCAGGAAACCACUCACGACAAGCAGGAAACCACUCACGACAAGCAGGAAACCACUCACGACGACAAGCAGGAAACCACUCACGACAAGCAGGAAACCACUCGCGACAAGCAGGAAACCACUCGCGACAAGCAGGAAACCACUCGCGACAAGCAGGAAACCACUCGCGACAAGCAGGAAACCACUCGCGACAAGCAGGAAACCACUCGUGACAAGCAGGAAACCACUCACGACAAGCAGGAAACCACUCACGACAAGCAGGAAACCACUCACGACAAGCAGGAAACCACUCGUGACAAGCAGGAAACCACUCGUGACAAGCAGGAAACCACUCAUGCCGACAAGCAGGAAACCACUCACGACGACAAGCAGGAAACCACUCACGACAAGCAGGAAACCACUCAUGACGACAAGCAGGAAACCACUCACGACAAGCAGGAAACCACUCGUGACAAGCAGGAAACCACUCGUGACAAGCAGGAAACCACUCGUGACAAGCAGGAAACCACUCACGACAAGCAGGAAACCACUCACGACAAGCAGGAAACCACUCACGACAAGCAAAAACCACUCACGACAAGCAGGAAACCACUCGAAACCACUCAUGCCGACAAGCAGGAAACCACUCACGACGACAAGCAGGAAACCACUCACGACAAGCAGGAAACCACUCAUGACGACAAGCAGGAAACCACUCACGACAAGCAGGAAACCACUCACGACAAGCAGGAAACCACUCGUGACAAGCAGGAAACCACUCGUGACAAGCAGGAAACCACUCGUGACAAGCAGGAAACCACUCGUGACAAGCAGGAAACCACUCACGACAAGCAGGAAACCACUCACGACAAGCAGGAAACCACUCACGACAAGCAGGACCACCCCCCCCACCCUCCUCCCCCACCCCUGUUCCCUCCACCCAUGCUCUGUUUGUUACUCUAG